UCAGGAAAAACCAUACAAGAUAACACUUUCACCCAACAUCUUCUGAACCAAUUUCAUAUUAUCAAAUGGGCUCCCUCUUCUCUCUCACAUUGAUAAUUCUUUCAUGGGCAUCAUCAACGUCAAUAAAGGCUGAAGCUCAAGGAAUCAGUUCAGAUCGUCUUCUCGAUCUAUACAUUAGAGACUACACGUUUCAGGCCCACGAACAACACUUGAUCAGGACUGGAAUAUUGCACACUGUACGUUUACCAGCAAACUUCUCCGGCAUCAGGGUCGACAUGUUGAGACUCAGGUGUGGCAGUCUACGAAGAUAUGGUGCACAGGUUAGGGAAUUUCAUCUGGAUGUUGGAGUGACAGUGCAUCCAUGUGUGGAGAGAGUCGUGGUGAUUAGACAAAAUUUGGGGUAUAAUUGGUCUUCCAUAUUCUAUGCUAAUUAUGACAUAUCUGGGUAUCAACUCGUUUCCCCUAUUUUAGGUCUUCUAGCAUAUAAUGCUGGAUCCAACAUGAAUUUUAGCAACCCUUAUGAGCUUGGAAUUCUUGCAGAAGAAAAGCCCAUCACAGUAGAUUUCAGCAAUACUACAAAGUUAACCAACAUGCAGGGAAAUAGGCCAUAUUGUGCUAGUUUUGAAAGUGAUGGCAAAGUCACACUAGCAAAUCAGGUAUCACCAUAUGUGUGUGUUGCAAAGAGGCAUGGCCAUUUUGGACUGGUCAUUGAGAUGGCGCCGGAGCAGUUGAGGAAAAAGAUUAGCCGGUGGAAAUUGGUGGUCGGAAGUUCAGUAGGAGCUGCAUUGGGUGCAUUUCUUUUGGGUUUGCUUCUGGUGGCAUUGCUUGUUAAAGGGAAGAAGAAAUCAAGAAUGGAAGAGAUGGAGAGAAGGGCCUAUGAAGACGAAGCUUUGCAAGUUUCGAUGGUAGGACAUGUGAGAGCUCCUACCGCUGCUGUUACUCGAACGUUGCCUACAACAAUUGAGCAUGAGUAUGUACCUUCUCCUCAAGAAAUUGCUCAUUUUUGUUUGUGA